CCUCCGCCAUGGCCGCCCGUCGGCCGCCCGACUUCGCGCGCAGCGCAUCCGGGCCGCGCGUGCCGUCGUCGUCGGCGUCGGCGUCGCUGCCCUCCUCGCGGCAUGCACGCGUCUCCUCUUCGCAGCGCGUGCCUCCGCCGCCGCUGCUGCCGCCGCAAGUCUCCGAGGCGCUGGCCCAGCUGCCGCCCGCAGCCGAGUGGCCGGCGCUCGCAUUCCACGCCACCGUCAUCGCGCCCCUCGCCGCGCUCGCACGCACCAUCGUCGCGCUCGUCGUCUCGCCGCGCACGCAUCGCCUCGUGCUGCGCCUCGGCGUCCUCUCCGCCGUCGUCUGGGCCGCGCUGGCCCUCGCCGUCGUCGCAUACGUGGGCUUCUAUCGCGCCUGGGUGCCCGACAUUGGCCACACGUUUGACGUCUGGCUGCACUACGGCGCAAAGGGCGUGCCCUGGGCCGAGUUCCCCAUGCUGCCCGCGCAGCAGGGCGCGCUGCUCUUUGCGCGCGACCAGGAGUAUGAUGUCAGCCUGGACCUGGCCGUGCCGCUGAGUGCGGCGAACCUCGACCUUGGCAACUUCAUGGUCUCCCUUGACCUGCUCACUGCAUCCAACAUCUCCGUGCACUCCGUCUCUCGUUCCGCAAUCAUCACUCAAGUGCCCGCGGCUCUUCGAGCAAUCGAGGCCUUCACGCAUACCCUGACGCGCGCCGACCCACUGAUCCUGCCUCUUUCCACGAACCCCACCACCAUUCUCUCUCUGCCUCUGCUUCGUCGACAGAUCCUCGUGCCCGCCGCCUCGUCGCAUCCCUUCACGCCGCGCCCCGACCCCGUCGUGCGCGCACGCGUGCGCGUCGGGAGGGAGGAUGCGGAGCUGUAUUGGAAGUACGGAGGGGGACAUGGAGUGGGAGGUGUGAGAGAGGGAGGCACAGUCGUCGGCGUCACCGAUGGCUUCCGCAGCCGUGGCGAGUUGCAGACCACUCGAGUGCAGCUGCGCAUCGAUGCGCAUCUCAAGGGCCUUCGAUACUUCAUGUUCCACCAUCCCGUCGCCUCCUUCCUCCUCUUCACUUCACUCUUCAUGACGUUCGAGCUCGUCUCCGCCUUGACUCUCUGGGCGCUCGCAGCACUCUACACCUCCUCGCUCGGCCCGGGCGCCUCAUUGGCUGUCGAGGACAACUACGUCGACCGCGAGCGCGAGAGGACACGUCGUCGUCGCCGCCAAGACUCGGACGAGGAGGCGACGACGCCGGGUGGAGAGGCCACUCGAAGCACGCAAGAGAGUCGUUCGACAAGCAGCGAGGCUGAUGAGCAAUCGGCGAGCGACGAGACAGAGACGGAGACGGAUGUGCGCGCGCGCAGCCUGGCGUCGUUGCGCGCGCGCGACGAGGCGGAGCGGCAGGAGGCGCGCCGCCAAGAGCAGCUGCGCGACUUGGCCGAGGGCCGCCGCAUGGCGGGAGUGGAUGAAGAGGUGACGGGCAGACGACGCGUGCUGGAUCGGCUCGACGAAGAGACGGAGGAAGACACGGACGUGGGCGACAGUGCGGGCGCGGGCACGUGGGAGGAGGUGGAUGUUGAGGAGGAGGAGAGAAUGGCGGGCGAAGAGGAAGAGGAGGAUCAGGAGGAGCAGGCUCGACGCGCAGGCCUUCGACAGAGGAAGGGCGAGCCAGAGAGAGAGAGUACCGUUGGCGGCUCGGCCACCUCUCGCGCCUCCUCUCGCUCCUUCACUCCCUCCUACGCUCCCUCUUCUUCCCAAGCAACGACGUCUCGCGCCUCUUCGUCGUCUGCUAGCACCAUCCGUGGCCGUUCCGAGGAGCCUUCUUCCUCUUCGUCGCAGGCGCAGCCGCAGCGGCAAGAGGCAGCGAUCAAGGAAGAGCCGGAGGAGAGCGCCGGCUCAAGCACGCCGUCGGGCGCCAGUGCCAGCUCGCAACGCUCCGACGGCGGGGGCGAGGCGGAUGUGGAGCAGGACUGAAAGUCGAGGGCCGCAGAUGGACCUGCCGGGCUCCCUGUCACGGCCACGUACAAGACGCAUGCGAUGACUUGAAUGAAGCACUGAUCUGCACGCGCAUGAGACGUUCAGAG